AUGGAUGGUCGCGUUGUUCGAGGCGUUCAGCAUGCUGCGCAAGAGCAAUGGCGCGGGUUCAUAUCCAAAUGCCUGUCUGACCGCCUAGAUCCCGUCAAGUUCGAAUCGUAUGUGCCGUUUCUGCAAGCAAAGCACCCGCUGCCUCCCUUCACCGUCGCCGACCUCUUCUUGCGCCCCCAGCCACACAACCACGACAGUCUCGAUCCCCGAGUUCCGCGCUACCUCCAAGUCCUUUCCGACCUGAACUACAUCGACACACCUUCUAUUUUGAAUGCUUUGUACAAGUACUCAACGUCACGCGCCCACUCCCGAGAGGCUGCCCAACCCGACAAUGGCGAAAACCCACAACCCCAGAGCCCGCGGUGGGCAAGUUCGUACGCAGCGGAGGAGGUCAUGUUCUACAGACUCACCAAGUCUGUAGCUCAAGCAACUGCAAUAACAAAUAUGAUGACAGGCCUUGACGUUGCGACCAUCAUGGCCAAGUGGAUAGCUCUCUUUACCGACGCUGCAACAGCUUUCACAGUUGAUGUCACCGGGCGACUCCAUAAUAGUCAGGCCAGGGAGGAAAUGGAGUCGGCGCGGGCUGCCUUUGUGGCCCUACUCCUUGGAGUCUGCGAAAACAGCGUUGUUUUGAAGGCUUUGAGCAAGCCAGAGGCAAAGAAUACUAGAAAGGCUCUAUCGGAAAGCCUUGCCAACUUCGUGCCAACCAUAAUGCAAAACGCCGGACCCAUUGCGACACGCCUAGACAUGUUCCGCACAAGCACGUUGGCAGGAUUUGAGCCAGCCGACGACCAAAAGAACACGGCGAAUGCCGAGAUUGAAGACCUCUUCGACUCUUCUGUGGCCCUCGAGAACUUUGUCAUUUCGGAACUGCCAAUCGCCAACUCCAGAGCUGGUCUAUAUGUAUAUCUGAAUGCGGCGCUUGUUGGACGGCCCUUGGUUGACGACAUCGCCAUCUUUAACUACCUGAACAACAGGUAUCAGGGCGAUGUGCAAACCACAACCAUCGACCUCAUUCUAGCCUCGUUCGACGUAUUAGCCAAUGCCGUCUCGCGUAACGAGGGCAACCCAGCAGCUCAUCUUCUGCGCUCAUUUCUGAUGAAUAAGCUGCCCCUACUAAUUGAGAAUUUGAGCAAACAUAUAUACCCUCCGCUGACCGCCGAGUUCUGCAUUACCGCAGCACUUGGCCGUGUUGAUACAAACACAUUUCCCACGCUCUCAUCCAUGUUUGACGAAACAAGGAGCAAUAAUCCAUUCACAGACUCUGUGCGAGAGGAGUUCUGUUGGGCGUGUUGUCUGCAUGGUCUGGUGCGAGAGAGCAGCAUUGAGGGUCUCUUGGGAGAGACGCCUUACCAAUCCCUCCCGGCAGGCGGGAGAUACGUCAAAGACAACUUGGUUUCCGAGUGCCUCGCAGACCCUGAACGCAUGACGGCCCUAAUAGGCGAGCUCGACGGCAAGGACGGAAAUGCCGGCGCAGUUUGCCAGGCUCUGACCGAGGUUCUCGGACAGCUUUGCAGGAACAAGGAAACGAUGUCUCUCAAACUUCUGUGCAGCCAGCUCGCUCAGAAGCCACUUUCUUUGGACGUCAUGCUACUGUUCGAGAGACCCGCAACGAUUCUCCACCCUCUUUGCGAUCUAUUGGAUAACUGGAAAUACGAAGAGGACCAGGGCGAGUAUCAGCCUGUGUACGAGGAAUUCGGGUCCAUCCUUCUCCUAGUCAUGGCAUUUGCAUAUCGGUACAAUCUGACAAUGUCAGAUCUCGGCAUCACAUCACCAGAUUCUUUCGUCUCGAGGUUGCUUGGUCAGGGUCACCAAAGUCGAUCGUUUGACGAGCUUUCCGAUCAAGAAAAGGGGCAUCUCAACGGCUGGAUCCAUGGACUAUUCGACUCUGAAGCAGGCGGCCUUGGGGAUGAGCUUAUGUCGUCCUGCCCACCACAGGAUUUCUACCUUUUGGUUUCCACGCUGUUCCAGAACAUUUUGUUGGCUGUCAGUACUGGCCACUUGUCCGAGGAGAGCCUUAAAGGGGGUGUUGAAUAUCUGGUCGAUACGUUCCUUCUCCCGUCGCUGGUUGUGGCGAUUACCUAUCUCUCGAAUUCUCUGUUGGUUGAGCGUUCCGACUGCCAAAAGGCCACUGUCAGGGUGCUUCAGUCGGUUCUUGCGCCGACCUCCAUCUCCCAGGAGGCCUCAAACAUGCUUUCGUCGGUUAUGAACAUAGUCGCAAAGCCACUGGAACAUUCGUUAAGAACAUAUCAGAAAUCUGAUCCAAAAAGCCAGGAAGUCGAACCGCUUCUGAGAGCAAUCAAAGACAGUAUUCCUCUGUCUCGACGAACAGGCGCGGCUGAUCAUCUCGAAUUGAGUGCUUGGUCUGGGGAUGCUCAGCAGCAGCAGCAGCACAGCCAAAGCGUAGGGUUCUCAAAUACUCUCCGCCAAACACUACAAGCUCUGGUUCAAUGGAGUAUGAAUCCAACCAUGGACAUGCCGCCUCCCGCUUACACACAUCGUCAAAUACUUGUGGGGCUCAACAUACUCGCAGCAAAGCGACUACUACAGCUCAUAUACGAGGAAAUCAGGCAAAACAUUGAGGCCGGUAGUGGCAGCAUCGCCUAUGACAUAGCUGCCACCAUAGUUUGCGCGCCUGACGUGAACAACCCGGCCUCUGCCACGGCGAUAAACUUUCUCGACAAUUCCGGCAAUAUGCCGGCGCCGAUUCAGAGAAAGCUGACGAUGCGGGAAAUUUUGAAGCUGGAUGCCGAAAACUGCAAAAGUCUCCAAAAAACAGACAUGAAUCUGGCCGAAAUCGUGGUCAGGCUACAUCGCAAGGUAGAAUCUCAACUAGCCGUCUCUCAGGCCGAGGCCAUACAAGCAGAUAACAUGCUGCAAACCAACCUUGGUCUUGGUUUAGAUGCAGGCACAGGCUCGUUAGACGACGCCAUGGCAGCCGCGACUGCCAGCGUUGUGCCUGCAGACGGCAUGUCUGUUGAUAAUGUCAGCCUUGACCUAGGCUUGGGAGCCGACAUGGGUUUAGGUGGACCUUCCAACGCUGUGAGUGGCCUGGAUUUGGGUGACAAUGAUAUAUUCAGCGGCCUUGACACUGGCGAUGACUUUCAAUGGGACAAUAUGGACCUGUCAUAG